CAUCUCGUAUUGAAAAAAAAAAAAAAAACCUCCGAGUACCUGGGAAUCAAUUCGGCGCGAACUUCCCUACACCGCUUCCCGUCUUCGAAAGUGAGAGGUUGAGAGCAAAGCGACGCGCGUUGGCGCCUACUUCCUUCCUUCCUUCGUACCAAUCUGAAGCUUCGAAACUGAGAGCACGUUGCUGCUCGCCUUGCUGUUCAGUUCAUGUUGUUCGCACUGCUGUUCGCCCUCGCCGCUCAGAUCAAGGUUCACGUUGCUGUUGAUUGAUGCCUGCUUCUCUCGCGUUGCUCUCAAGCUGGUUCGUUGGGACCAUUAUUCUGAAGAAGGUUGCUGAAGUUACUGCAUGAAUGGGAGGCAUAGAAAACAAGUCGGUUUCUGAUAUGAAGGAGAAUAUUUUGUGCAUAUUUAAAGAUUUCAUGACUGGGAUUACAAAAAUUGAUGAGUUGGGGACUGCUGGAAGCAGGCUGCUGAUUGGCUUUCAACAAGCACUAGAGUACAUUCGUAGACCUCCUAUAGAUGGAACUUCUGAAUUAAUUGACAAGGUAAUUAAAGCUAAUGGAACAGAGAGACUUAAAGUGUAUAUUGAAGCUGGAUGCAGGAAUUCCCUUCACGGAGUCCAGAAUGUAAACAAGAUGAAUUCAUGCAAACUUGGACUUGUUGACCACAUAAGCAAAGCCAAAGUAUUUCUUGAAGAACUUGAAGGCCUUUUGGGCGAUGUUACAAAUUCCAUACAAAGGACAGAUGGAGAUUUAUUUCCCAUUUCAGAGAAGGAUUAUGAUGGUGAAUUGAAUGAUCAUGCAAUCCGUAAUAAUAUGGAGGAAAUGGUCUUCUCUGAUUCUCAAAAUAUUGACGUCACUCAAUUAGCUGCUCUCAUGAGUAUCAUAUACAGUAUGGUCAAGCGAGAAUAUCUGAUGCAGGAAAAGAUCGUUUCGGCUUUAAAUCUCAAGUCUUCGUUAGGAGAACUCGAAAGCUACUGCCUAAUGUGGUCCUUGCGGCCCUUUAUAAACGAUGACAUCAUGCAUCAAGCUUGGAGACUUGUUUCCUGACCGUCCUGUGUUCCUGCUUGAGGUGGAACAACCCAAUAACAUGUUUUGCUCUUAGGUCUAAAGUUGGAAAUUAAUCAUGUGGAAAAAAUAAUUAAUACAACAGACUUCAUUUUUGCUCCGUGUACAUGACUCUGAUUAUGGCUUUGUCGCCUUGAAAUCUUACUUGGCUGACCUUUAUCUGCAUUAAUCUGGCAAAGUUGGGCAUUCUACUCGGA